UGGCAAUCGUGCGAAUGAAUCGGCAGCCAUUUUUAAACUGCCUUCUUACUAUACAGUGUAUGAAAAGGAUAUGGAUAAUGGGCCUCGCGUUACGAGACGGUAAUUUUAAACGAAUGAGAUUAAAUGGAGCGUGAAUAUUAGCGUGGAGGAGCAAGGAUAGGACGUGAGAGAAAAAGAGAGAGAGGUGGAAGAAAUAACGUGACGACGGAGCGUGUGAUCGCUGCCGUCGCCGCCGCCGCCGCCGUCGUUGUCGUCGUCGUCGUCGUCGUCGUCGUCGUCGUCAGCGGACAAGCAGACGGUCGUCGGCGAGAGCAGAGGAUUCGUUGUUUAACCACGAACGGAUGGACUGAUGUCGUUCGAGCAAACGCACUCUUCCUCGCGGGAUUAAUACAAUGGUGAACUGUUAAUAAUUUAACGGUACGAAAUAUGCCAUUGAGCGCUGUCUCUUAUUGUCCGCAGGAGCGAGAGCGCGUGGUGCGGCUGACUACGAUCGGUUGCUUAGUUAAAAUCGAAUCGGCGAGAUAAGGGAGAUAGAAGGAAGGAAAGAGAGAGAGAGAGAGAGAGAGAGAGAGAGAGAAAGUGGGUGAGUGAGUGAGGAAGAGAGGGAGGGGAGAGAGAGAGAGAGAAAAAGCCUGAAAAGAUACAUCCGGAAGAGUGGUGUCUCCGAGCGUGUGCACGACGAUGUUGAUUCUAACAUGCGAGAGAACGAAUGCAGCUCUCGUACAUUAAGUUCUACAUAAUAAUGGCAGACAAUGUGCACAGAAAAUCGCACAGGCUAUCAGAUGGUAGUAGAAAGGUGUCGAAUCCCGUGCACCGCACGACCACGGAGACAAUUCGUUUGGGCGGCGAGGUGGACAGCAGGCAUCACCAGCCGGUAAUCGCACCGAGUGGCGGCGGCGGCGGCGGCGGCGGCGGCGUGCAGGCCUCGAGCGGCAAUCAGUGCAAUCGGAAGAAGACGUCGUCCUUCCAAAUAACCAGCGUCACCGUAGGCUGCCGCAUGAGCAAUGACGCCGGCGAGGAUUCCAACGACGACCUCGAUGAGUCGCAUACGGAGGACAAUUCUGUGGAGCACUCGCGCAUCACCGAUCUCGACAUCGAGACACCGAGCUACUCCGAGGACACGUUCUCCAAGGAGGAUGUGUUCUUCAACACGAGCAACGCCGCCCUCAGCACGGCCCCGGUGAUCCCGACCAGCUCGCAGUAUGGCCUGGCAAUCGUGCCGUCCGAGGGCGGCAACGUUAGUAAUUCGGUCAACGACAGCAAUAUCAAUACUCUGGACAUUACGUCCGUAACCGAUAAGCAGGACGCCGAUCUGCGCGAGGUGCACUCCCACGGCAGGAACGAGAGAUUCAAGGUGGUGAAGAUCGAGAGCACGGAACCGUUCAAGAGGGGACGAUGGACCUGUAUGGAUUAUCUCGAUCACACGUCCGUCAAUCAGCCGACGGCCAUCGGUACGCCGAAAGUGUCCGAUCCGAACGAGGUGUGCAUAUCGUAUGGUGUGACUGACAGUGGGAUCGUUAUACCGGAAACCGCGAAGCAAUCCGUAGUGACUGACGAUAAAGGGAUUAGUAUUGACGCCAAUGGCCCGGUGUCGUCUCACCCGGACACGGUGCAUUCGUCGAUCACCGUGCCGAGUAAUCCCGCGCAAUCGAGUGCGAGCUAUGCGGUAAAUAAUUCAAUACCUCCCAAUGUACAGCAUAAUCCUACGCAAGUUCAGACCCAGGCUAAAGUGCAGCAGCCGCCACCGCCAUCCGCACAGCAAAUCCCGCAAUAUUUUCAAUCGCAGACUCAAUCGAUAGCUACCCAGCAGCAGCAGCAGCAACAACAACAACAGCAGCAGCAGCAGCAGCAACAGCCUCCGCCGCCGUCGCAGCCAUCGCAAGGUGGUCAAGGUUCUACGUUACCCGCCAACUUGCAGGCCACUCAUCCCAACAACAUGGGGCAACCUCAGAGUAUGCCUCAAGGCUCUAUCUCUAUUAUAACGCAGGCUAGUAAUAGCGCGGUGACCCCUCAGCCGAGUAUACCUCACUCCAAGGAGGAAGCUUACGUGACGGUGAGCACGCAAAAUCAAUCCCUGCCGGUCCAGAAUGUCUGCCAAGCGACGGUACAGCAAACGUCAGCUCCGACUUCACAGGCUCCAAACAUUCUCGUCACGCAGCAUCAGCAGCAGCAGCAGCAGCAGUCGGAGGCGGCUACCUGCCAGCAGCCCCUGCCGACGCAGAAGCCACAGAUGACGCAAAUCUCCGAGCCACUGACUGCCAUACCUGGGAUACAAGGCAUGCAAAAUAUUCAUAAGGUACCUCAGGCGGCCGGAACGCCGCAACAGACGUCGUCGACGAUCCAUCCCGCUGGAGCGCCUGUACAGUCGCAAGUGAUUGCACCCUCGACGCAGCAGUUGCAGCCGCAAACGACGAACGGUAAUGCCCCAACGGUGCAGAUCGCGCAAGUGACCGCCGCCGGCUGUCAGAGUGUCGUGGGCGGGCUGCAGCAGGGGAACAUGACGUUUCACCAGUCCGAUCCGGAGCAAGAGUCCAUCUCCGGCAUCGUUGCUAACGCAACCACCAUUCAGUCGGCCGAUGCGACUCUUCUCGAGUCAUUGGCUGAGGUUACGCAGAGCAGCGACGAGCACCGCGCUCUCGAAGAUAACGAAAGUAUGUCGGGGACGAGCGCUGUGGCGAUUGAUAACAAGAUCGAGCAGGCCAUGGAUUUAGUUAAAAGUCACUUAAUGUUCGCGGUACGGGAAGAAGUCGAGGUGCUGAAAGAGAAGAUAGCCGAGCUUAUGGAUCGUAUUAAUCAAUUGGAAGCGGAGAAUUCAAUAUUGAAAGCACACGCGACUCCAGAUACAUUGGCGCAAUUGAGUCAGUCGACAGCAAAAUUACCCCAAAACAAUUCAGGAAGUGGUCAAUAGGUAACCAUUGUACAUAAGUUUCUAUCGAUACUUUGUCAAGUAAAUAAUGGAAAUAAUAUAAUUAUUGUAUAUAACUUUACGAUUUUUAGAAAUUUAUAAAUAAUGAGAUUUAUU